AUGGCUAUGGUGUGUCUUUCAGACUUCGAAGCUUAUGCUAAAAAGUAUUUACCCAAGAUUGCUUGGGAUUUUUUUGCAGCUGGAGCAGAUGACUGUAGCACCCGAGAUGAAAACAUCCUAGCAUAUAAAAGAAUUCGUUUCCGGCCACGUAUGCUGCGGGACGUAUCCAUGAUGGACAUCAGGACUAAGCUCCUGGGGACUGAAAUCAGCUUUCCUGUAGGAAUCGCCCCUACUGGCUUCCACCAGCUAGCAUGGCCUGAUGGAGAGAAAAGCACAGCCAGAGUGGCCGAAGCAAUGAACACGUGUUACAUUGUCAGCACGUACUCCACCUGCACGCUGGAGGAGAUCUCUGCGGCCGCCCCCGGCGGCCUCCGGUGGUUCCAGCUCUACAUCCACCGCAACAGGGCAGUUUCCCAGCAGCUGGUCCAACGGGCGGAGGCCUUGGGUUUCCAGGGCCUCGUCCUCACUGCGGAUCUGCCCUACACGGGCAAAAGACGCGACGAUGUCCGCAAUGGUUUCCGCCUUCCUCCCCACAUGAAACUGAAGAACUUGGAAGGAGCCUUUGAGGUUUGUAAAAUGAGCCCCUUGGAUCCUUCGGUCACCUGGAACGAUAUCUACUGGCUGCGGAGCCUGACCCACCUGCCCAUCAUCAUCAAAGGCAUCUUGACGAAAGAAGAUGCAGAGCUAGCAGUGAGACAUGGAGUUCAGGGAAUUAUUGUGUCCAAUCAUGGUGGAAGGCAACUGGAUGGAGGACCUGCCACCAUUGAUGCUCUGGUUGAGGUUGCGGAGGCAGUGCAAGGCAGAGUCGAAGUUUAUUUAGAUGGUGGAAUACGAAAAGGAAGCGAUGUAUUAAAAGCACUGGCACUGGGAGCAAAAUGCGUCUUUAUUGGAAGACCAGCUUUAUGGGGUCUGGCUUAUAAGGGUGAAGAAGGCCUUCAAGACGUUUUGAGGAUUUUGCAGGAUGAGUUUCGCUUGUCAAUGGCCUUAGCCGGCUGUGCCAGCGUCUCAGAGAUCGGCCGACACCUAGUUCAGUUCUCAAAGCUGUGA